GUGAAUAGCAGCCGCAUUUGUUUUUGUUUUACGGCCCAUCGUAGAAAAGUGCAAAGUUUGCUAAAUUUAAUAUUGGUAAUGAAAUUACAAGAAAUGGAAAAGUGUUCGGGUUCCAGCGAUUGGAAUGUGAUUUACUGGGUAAUCGGCAGUAUUCUAAUGCCCAUAGCCCUACCAUUAGCCGUCAUUAAUCUAUGGCAACGAUUCCGCGCUCAAAAGUACCGAAAUCAGCUGCCCGGCAAGGUUGUGCUUAUUACUGGUGCCAGCUCAGGACUUGGCGAGUCGCUGGCGCACGUCUUUUAUCGUGCAGGCUGCAAGGUUAUCCUAGCUGCCCGUCGCGUCGAGGAAUUAGAGCGCGUUAAGAAGGAUCUGAUGGCCCUUGAUGUGGAUCCCGCCUAUCCUCCCACUGUGCUGCCAUUGGAUCUAUCUGAGCUCAAUUCCAUACCCGAUUUUGCAGCACGAGCCUUGGCUGUUUACAACCAAGUCGAUAUACUCAUCAACAAUGGUGGCAUAAGCGUGCGUGCCGAUGUAGCCGCGACUGCUGUCGAUGUUGAUCUUAAAGUGAUGGUAGUCAACUACUUUGGAACUGUGGCAUUGACAAAAGCGUUGUUGCCUUCGAUGAUUAAACGUCAGACUGGCCACAUUGGUUUCAUUAGCUCCGUACAAGGUAAAUUCGCAUUACCCCAGCGGGCAGCUUACUCCGCAUCAAAGCAUGCAAUGCAGGCCUUUGCUGAUUCUCUGCGCGCUGAGGUAGCCAGCAAAAAGAUUAAUGUGUCAUGCAUCAGUCCAAGCUACGUGCGCACGCAACUCUCGAUGAAUGCAUUGACUGGUUCAGGCAGCAACUAUGGAAAAAUGGAUGAAACUACGGCCAAAGGAAUGUCGCCAGACAAGUUAGCCGAGCGCAUUUUACAAUGCAUUCUGCGUAAGGAGCCUGAUAUCAUUGUUAGCGAUCUACAGUCCAAGGCUGCAUAUUAUUUGAGACAUUUGUUGCCGUCUGUCUAUUUCUGGAUUAUGACUAAGCGGGCAUUGAAGCUGGAGAAAGCGUCAAAGAAGUCAAAUUAAAUUAGUUAAGUUUUAGUUUCGUUUUUAUUGUUAUUUGAAUUUUGCAUUGAAUGAAAAAUUAUAAAAUAUCGCGAUGCAUGUGCAGUGUUAAAAAUUAGUUACAUUUGCAUAAUCAUAAUAUUAAUAAAUUAAAUAAUUACUGUAAUCAUACCAUUAAAAUUAAGUACAACUUAGGUGUUCACAUAUUUCUUCUUCGUCGGUUCGCAAACUUAUGUAUAUUAUAAUAAUUAUUGUUCUUAAGUGAUGCAUUAUACAUUAUAUUUGUUCACAAUUGUUUUAUUUUCGGCUUUCAUUUUACGAAUGAGUAAUUGACAAAAUAUUUCAUAUUUGAUACGGUCUUUGACAACAUUGAAAUCUUGUUAUUAACUAGGGAUACGGAUCUCUGCGAGGAGUCUUGAAUACGUGUUAAAAUUCAUUUAUCUAAAUUAUACAAAAGCAUAGUUGUAAUCAUUGUAAUCAGGUGUAGUGAGUGCAAAAUCUUGAUGAAAAUACACACCAAAAAAACAAAAAUAAUUACAAUUGAGGUACACACAAAGAUUUUAAAAUCUGUUUUGCAGUUUUACGACUAAAUUAUUACAUACAUAUGUAUAU